AUGGCGGGAAUAAAAAUCGCCAUAGACAGAGGUGGAACAUUUACAGACUGUAUUGGAAAUCCAGGCUCAGGAAAGGAGGAAGAUGAUGUGGUCAUUAAACUCUUGUCGGUAGAUCCAAGAAAUUAUCCCGAUGCCCCUUUGGAAGGUAUGAGACGACUUUUAGAAAUCUUUGAAAAGAAAGACAUACCUCGAGGUCAACCGUUAGAUAUUUCGAGUGUUGAUAGCAUUAGAAUGGGAACGACUCUAGCAACCAAUUGCGCACUUGAAAGAAAGGGGGAACGUUGUGCGUUCAUUACGACAAAAGGCUUUGGGGACUCCUUACUGAUUGGCGAUCAGACUCGACCAAAAAUCUUUGACCUUCAUAUCAUUAAGCCUAAACCUCUUUAUGAAAUGGUUAUUGAAAUAGAUGAGAGGGUUACUUUGGCGGAUUUCUCUGAGGAUCCUGAAUGCAACAGAUCGAUACCAACCGCUAGUUCAAAUACGUGUCUAGGAAAAAGCGGAGAAGUGGUAAAAAUUCUGCGGAAACCUGAUGAGGCUGCUAUAAAGUCGUUAUUGGGAGUCGUAUAUGCAACUGGAAUACGCUCUAUUGGCGUUGCGCUUUUGCAUUCAUAUACCUAUCCAGAUCACGAACAAUUGAUCGGUAGAAUCGCACGUUCGAUUGGAUUCACACACAUUUCCCUAUCUUCUGAAGUAUCUCCCAUGAUCAAAUUUCUUCCCCGGGCUAAUAGCUCAAUUGCAGACGCUUAUUUGACUCCAGUGAUCAAGGACUAUCUUGACAAUAUUGAAUCUGGGUUGCAAAACACAGAGAAUACUAGCAUUCAGUUCAUGCAAUCGGAUGGAGGUUUGGUGGAUCAAAAGAAGUUUUCAGGAUUAAAGGCAAUAUUGUCUGGGCCUGCGGGAGGUGUAGUUGGAUAUUCUCAGACAUGCUAUGAUAAGAACAACCAAAUACCGUUAAUUGGCUUUGAUAUGGGUGGAACUUCCACAGACGUUAGUAGAUUUGGGGAGGGAAAACUUGAACACGUUUUCGAAACGACUACGGCUGGAAUUGUCAUUCAAUCGCCUCAACUGGAUAUAAGCACAGUUGCAGCGGGUGGGAGUUCCCGGUUGUUUUGGUCCAAUGGUCUUUUUAAAGUAGGACCAGAGUCUGCAGCAGCUGAGCCUGGGCCAGCUGCUUAUCGUAAAGGUGGUCCCUUGACAAUUACUGAUGCAAAUUUGUUUUUAGGCCGACUUGUACCGGAAUUUUUUCCCCGAAUCUUUGGGCCUUAUGAAAAUGAACCACUAGAUUUAGAUGUUACGACUCGUAAGUUCAUGGAGCUUACGAAAAGCAUCAAUGAAUCGGGGCAUGAGCUCAGCCCCGAUCAAGUGGCCUAUGGCUUCAUCAAGGUUGCUAACGAGGCAAUGGCUAGGCCCAUCCGAACUUUAACAGAGGCAAGGGGACAUAUUGUUUCUGAUCAUAGGUUGGUCACUUUCGGAGGUGCCGGUGGGCAGCAUGCAGUAGCUGUUGCAAAAUCACUUGGAAUCAAUACGAUCAUCGCACAUCGCUAUUCCUCUAUUCUUUCGGCGUACGGAAUGUUCCUUGCAGACGUUGUGGAAGAAUGUCAAGAACCCUGCUCUUUUAUUCUGGGGGAUGAUGGAACCCAAAAGAACCUGAGCGCAGCUUUCGAGAGACUAAUUACUAUCUGUACAAGUAAAUUGGCAAGUCAGGGGUUUACUGCAAGUGACAUAACACUUGAGAAAUAUUUGAAUCUGAGAUACGAGGGUACUGAGGCAGGAUUGAUGACUUUCCAAGAGCAAGAAGAAUCGUGGGAUUUUGGGGCAGCUUUUACAAGUGCUCAUAAAAGGGAAUUUGGCUUCACUUUCACCGGUAGACGAAUUAUAGUGGAUGACAUACGAUUAAGAGCAAUUGGGCAUUCGCAUUUACGGGCAGUUGAUUCGGUUGAUGUAGAGCUCUCCAAAACUGUUGUUAAAAGUAUUUCCGGCUCAAAAGAAGCAGAAUUUCUCAAAAAAGUGUAUUUCGAUGGAGAACGAGUUGAAACUCCCGUGUUUAGGCUUGAUAACAUUGCUGUAGGCAGUCGCAUUAAGGGACCCGCCAUUUUAGCCGAUGAAACUCAAACUAAUGUCAUACCACCUAGUGCUGAAGCGAUUGUUACCAAGUCACACAUUGUGAUUAAGAUUGUUUCACAAACAAAAGAGCAUGCACAAGAAUCCAAUGAUGUAAUUGAUCCCGUUCUUCUUUCUAUUUUCAGUCAUAGAUUCAUGGAUAUUGCCGAGCAAAUGGGGAAUCAAUUGCGAAAAACCUCAGUGUCAACAAAUGUUAAAGAAAGGCUCGACUUUUCUUGUGCCUUAUUUGACCCUGAUGGUAAUUUGGUGGCCAAUGCUCCACAUGUGCCGGUUCAUUUAGGCUCGAUGUCAACUUGUAUAGCUGCCCAGGCAAAGUUGUGGAAAGGAAAGCUGAAACCGGGUGAUGUGCUUUUCAGUAACCAUCCUGAAAUGGGUGGAACACAUUUGCCCGAUAUUACUGUGGUUAGUCCAGCAUUUUCAGAGACGACAGGAGAAUUGAUCUUUUACGUAGCUUCAAGGGCUCACCAUGCAGAUAUAGGAGGGAUUUUACCAGGAUCGGUUCCACCAAAUUCGAGAGAACUUUAUGAAGAAGGAGCAGCUAUAUAUUCUGAGCUUCUUGUCAAAAGGGGUAUAUUUAACGAAGAUUUGGUUCGCAAACUCCUUUUUGAAGAUCCGGCGAAGUUCCCCGGCUGUUCAGGGUCAAGAAGACUAACCGAUAAUAUUAGUGACUUGAAAGCACAAAUUGCAGCUAACGUGAAGGGUAUUCAAUUGAUUACUAUGCUUAUGAAAGACUUUGGGCUUGAAACUAUUGUCAAGUACAUGAAGGCGAUUCAAGAAAAUGCUUCGGAUACCAUUAAAAGGGUUUUGAAGAGAAUGACUGAGCAUUUUGGGGUCACAAAGUUUGGGAAUGAAGAUUACAUGGAUGAUGGUAGUGUCAUUAAACUCACGGUUACAUUGGAUGUAACCAAUGAAAACUAUAUUUUCGAUUUUGAUGGAACAUCUCCACAGGUUUAUGCUAAUCUGAAUGCGCCAGAAUCUAUUACAAACUCUGCAAUUUUAUACUGCUUACGAUGUCUUGUUAAUGAAGAUAUACCAUUGAAUCAAGGAUGUCUGAAACCUAUCACAAUCAAUAUUCCCAAGGGCUCGAUUUUAAGUCCAAGGAAGGGUGCUGCUGUUGUCGGAGGCAAUGUUUUAACAUCUCAGCGGGUAACUGAUGUCGUUCUUAAAACUUUCAAAGUGAUGGGUGACUCCCAGGGUGACUGCAAUAACCUAACAUUUGGACAGGGUGGAAAAGAUGCCAAAACCGGCAAGAUUUCUAAAGGUUUUGGCUACUACGAGACAAUAUGUGGGGGGCAUGGUGCAGGCGGAGAUUCAUGGAGAGGCCCUGGAUGGAAUGGGGUUCACGCGGUACAUACAAACAUGACUAACACCCGAAUGACUGACGUUGAAAUUCUGGAGAGAAGAUAUCCGGUGGUACUUGAGCAAUUUUCAAUAAGGAGGGGAUCUGGCGGUAAUGGCAAAUACAAAGGAGGUGAUGGCUUAGUACGAGAAAUAAUGUUUUGCGCACCAGUACAAGCAUCUAUUCUCUCAGAGCGUCGUGUCAUCCAACCACAGGGGCUCGAAGGCGGAGAAAAUGGGGCAAGAGGUCUCAAUUUGUGGAUAAGAAAAGAAAAUGGUGCUGUUAUCAACAUAGGGGGUAAAAAUACUAUCAACGCUAAGCCAGGUGAUCGCUUAGUAAUAAUGACGCCUGGCGGUGGUGGUUAUGGUGAUGCAUAA